AUGUUAAUCUCCAGUAAGCAGUUGCCGAUUGGCCACUCCCAGAGCUGGGACACAUUGGGUGGAAAUGAGGGUCAUUGGGAAUGUAGUGAGAAUGUUUACGAGCAGCAGGCCCGGAUGGCUGGUCGACGGAACUCCCUGAGCUAUGGAGGGGACGCCGGUGGGGGAUGUUACGAACCACUGUCUGGAGUACGUCCUCCUGACCUGGAUUUAAAACGAGAGCAAGAGUCCUAUCAGGAAUCUCUUUACAACCAAGGCUAUUUGGAUCGUCCUGACCCUCGUAACAUAAGAAAGAGCUCUGUUCCUGAGUUGAACAGCCAUUACAAUCGGCCAACCAUGGCUCAACGUGGUUCCCUGCCACACCACAACUAUUAUCAGCAAGAUUCAGGCAUGCCACCAAGGCCAACAGAAGGCUUCUAUCGUGCAGAGCAGCCUCAUCCCCUUGAUAGGUCAGCUUCACAUUAUGGAAUAAUGGCAGGUCCUCGGCAACGUUGGGAACAAAGCUCAGUGGGUAGGACCAGUUCUGCUGCCCCAACUCCUGGCAAUCCUCCUCCCCCAUCUCCGACUUCUCAUGAUAUGGCUCGUAUUUACAGGGAAAAAUCCCUACCUGGGCCCCCAGCUGUUACUCCUGGUGCUAAAAUGAUGCAGGAUGGUCAGCGCAUUCCAAGCCGAGCACCAUCUCCAGCUCGUUAUGUAACGGAACCAAAUUCUCCCCAUUAUGUUGCUGAGCCACCUAGCCAUUCGGUGUACAGUAGUGUUAAUGGGAGACCGAUUGAUCAUCAUCAUCCUACAGCCACAUGCCUGGUGGUUGAUCCAGCUGCUCAAGAAAUGUAUGGAACUGCCAGAGGUAUAAGGCCGCAGAUUAUGAACGGUCCGAUGCAUCCUCGGCCACUGGUCGCUCUGUUGGACGGGAGGGACUGCACCGUUGAGAUGCCCAUCCUGAAGGAUUUGGCCACUGUGGCUUUCUGUGAUGCACAGUCAACACAAGAAAUCCAUGAGAAGGUGUUGAACGAGGCAGUGGGGGCAAUGAUGUACCACACCAUCACUCUGACCAGAGAAGAUCUGGAGAAAUUUAAAGCGCUCAGAAUCAUAAUCCGCAUUGGCAGUGGAUAUGACAACAUCGACAUCAAAGCAGCUGGAGAUAUGGGCAUUGCAGUGUGUAAUAUUCCAUCAGCUGCGGUGGAGGAGACGGCAGACUCGACGCUGUGCCACAUCCUGAAUCUGUACAGGAGGAACACAUGGCUGUAUCAGGCCAUGCGUGAGGGCACACGAGUGCAGAGCGUGGAGCAGAUCAGAGAGGUGGCGUCAGGAGCCGCCCGCAUCAGAGGGGAGACACUAGGACUGAUUGGCUUUGGUCGAUCGGGUCAGGCAGUGGCUGUACGAGCGAAAGCAUUUGGAUUCAACGUGAUCUUUUAUGAUCCAUACCUGCAAGAUGGUUUAGAGCGAUCGCUGGGUGUCCAGAGAGUUUAUACCUUACAGGACCUUCUUUACCAGAGUGACUGUGUGUCUCUCCACUGUAACCUGAACGAACACAAUCACCACCUCAUUAAUGACUUUACCAUCAAACAGAUGCGUCAGGGAGCAUUUCUAGUGAACACAGCCCGAGGAGGUCUGGUUGAUGAGAAAGCCUUGGCUCAGGCACUGAAAGAGGGGAGGAUACGGGGGGCCGCCCUGGACGUUCAUGAGUCUGAACCUUUUAGUUUUACUCAGGGUCCUUUGAAGGAUGCACCCAAUCUGAUCUGCACCCCACACACGGCGUGGUACAGUGAACAGGCGUCGCUUGAGAUGAGGGAGGCAGCUGCCACUGAAAUCCGCAGGGCCAUUACCGGUCGUAUUCCAGACAGUCUCAGAAAUUGUGUCAACAAAGAGUUUUUUGUUACCACGGCGCCGUGGGGGGUGACGGAGCAGCAGGUACAUCCAGAGCUCAAUGGCGGAGCCUACAGGUUUCCUCCAGGUGCGGUGGGUGUGUCUCCGGGUGGCAUGGGUGGUCCGAUGGAGGGCAUGAUGCCUGGCGGGGUGCCCAGUGCCUAUCCCCUGCUGCCGGGCACCCAGCCCAGCCUCGCCCCUUCCCCCACCCAGCUCCUCAAACACAACGACCAUAGAGAACACCUUGCCAAGUCAUAACAAUGGUGACCGCAAGGACCGAAAACAAACUGACCAAUAGACCGAAGUGUUCAGUAAUAAACCUGCAAAUCACAGACUAAGAGACAGUGAACGGGUAAACAAGCAAUCAGCUACCGCUAGCUGCACCGGAGACAUGAUUCACGGACGUCUCGUUUUCUAAAUCAGUUGGAGUGUUUUUCCGUUCUAUUGUUUUAUGCUUUUUUUCACCCAGGAUGUUUGGUGGUCCUGUUUUGUUUGUUUUUUGUUUUCAUUUUGGGGAGGAAAUAAUUUCUACCUGUUCUAAUGCAAAUGGGAUGUGCUUUCUUGUUGGUAUUGGAGGCGAGAUGUGAUGGCCACUCCUCUUUUCCCACGCACCAAUCACAGAGCUCUGAACGUUGACAUCAUAUGUCAUGCACUUCUUCCUUCUUGCUUAUAUGGGCAUGUAACACAGUUCACUACAUCUCAGCAGUUAUUUAGUUAUAUGUUUCUGCAUUAUCAACAUUGUUUCUUUCUUUACAUCACAACAAAUUUAGUGCUUGUCCUUUGUUUCAGUGUUAAAAGUGCUUGAUAAUGGUAAAAAUCAAUAUAUAUAUAUAUAUAUAUAUAUAUACAGUAUAUACACAGUGUAUCUAUUAGGAGAACAGAGAGGUAAAGCCUGUUUUUGGCAAAAAUGAAGAUGAUAGUGUAAUUAUUAAGGUGAAGCAUACAAAACCUGUCACGAACAUGUCCGGGUCAUAUUUCACCCCAAAAUCAAAAUAUAAAAAUAAGCAAUUAUAUUUUACAUAACCCUAAUUUAACGUUCAUAAGGAUUUUUUCAUUGCAAUUAUUUUCAUGAAGAUAACCAACCCCCCCCCCACACACACACACACACAAUUCUCAUUACUUUACAUAAAAAAAAUAGACAUUAUUUAAUUAAGCAUUUAUACAUCAUAGUAGUAUGUUAUUGUAAUGUACUGUGAAUUAAAUAAAAUAAAAUAAAAUAAUUAUUACCGUAAUGAGAAUCACCAUUCAAAAUAAUGAUAUCUCAAAAAGUAAAACAUCCAGAUGCAUUACGGGAAUACAAAUUUGGGAGGAAAAUGUGCUUAAUUGUCAUAAAAAUAAUGUCACAAUGAAAGAACUCUUAAUGGUCUUAAAGAAUAGGCUUAGAUUUCUUUAUGUAAAAAUAUAAUUGAUAAAAUUAUAAAAAUAAUAUUGAUAAAAAUAUAAAUAUAAUAAGAUGAUAGUGUAAUUAUUAGGGUGAAUAAUAUGUCAGAAACCUGUCAUAAUUUCACCCCAAAUUCAAAAGAAAGAAAUAAGAAAUUAUAUUUUACAUAAUGUGUAAUUUUAGGACCAUUAUGAUUUUUUAUGCUUUCUCAUCAUGACAAUGAACGACAAACACACAAAAAAACAUACCAUUUUCAUUACCGUAAUGCAGAAAAAUGCAUUAUUUAAAUUGUAAAGUAAUGAUACAUCAUAGUAAUAUUUGUUUUACUGUUUAUUUAUGGUGAUUUAAAUUAAAAAACAAUUUGAUAACAGUAAUGGGAAUCAUGAUUCAGAAUAAUAAUUACAAAUAAAAAUAUAAAGCAUCUGGAUGCAAUACGGUAUAGAGAAUUUGGGAGAGAAAUGUGCUUAAUUGUCAUAAAAAAUAAUGUCAAAAUGUUUUGUCUUUUGAUUUAGAUAGAUAGAUGGUCUUUAUUGUCCCAGAGGGAAAUUCACCAGUCUGUCACACCAAACACAAAACAUACAGAUACCCACAUUACAUCAUAUGACAUAAAUUCCCCUGCCCCAACCCGUGUACAUGCAUACAAAUGAUCAGUGCGUUUUGGGGUGAAACGUGAAAUGUUUUUGCAAGAUUUACCCAUUAGCUCCUUUUUUUCCCCAACAUUUUGAGAAGCUGACCUCUUGUUUACAGAAUUGCACAAAUUGAACAACCACCAGCUCGGAAAAUCAAUCCUAUUUAAGACCCAAGAGCACACUAUUUUACUGAUAGAGAAAUGACUUUUCUUUUGUAAACAGCUGCGUCAACAUGGGUUGUCAGCAUUUGAAAUAGACAAUUGUCUGUCUUUUUUUUUUUUUUUUUUUAAAUGUUGGUUUCCAAAAACAGGAAUUUGGAAUUGAAUGAACGCCAUCAGCUGUUUGUGAAGAACAUCAUUUUGAUUUAGUAUUUGUUGAAAUGAGUGCUGUAAAACUCAAAGAUAGAUUGCAGCUCAUACAGAAAAGGGACUGGAGUGAAAACCGCCCGUCUCAGGAAGAACACUCCACUUGAGUCUAGAACCAAGAAAAACAGCGACAACCCAGUCUAUAUACUCGCUCCUCUCCGUCAGCCUAUCCACCCUUGAGGUAUUUUUAUAGAUCUGACAUCCAGUGCGUUUUUUUUUUUUUUUUUGGGUGUUGAAUGUAUGGCAGUUCAAUUAGAUUUGUAUUGUCUAGUUAAAUGUUUUUGUAACCAUCCUCUCCUGUUCUUCUCCCUGUUCCCCUAUUUUUGGGAUCUUUAUGUGGGGACGCACUGUUGGGAGCUCAUUGUGUUGUUUAUAUGCAAUAUUCUGAGUUUCUCGGCCAACUCCAUUCAGGUUGGUUCCAGAACUGUAGAUUUGGUUUUUAGUGUGAGUAUUUGUAUUUGUUUAUUGUACCAAGGUGAACAUUUAGCAUACAGUACAGUUCAAAUAAAAUAAAAAAACCAUUUUGAUUUGC